CAGUGGCGUGGAAGAGAACACUUGCUGCUUUUUAUUUGACUAUUUACAGCUGCAAAGAAUCCUGAUGAAUCUCUUCUGGUGUAUAUAUGCUUUGGUCAUCAUUCACUGCUGUUUAGACAAAGUUUCAGGCAGUCAGGAUUUGGACCUAUGUAACUCUUCAGGCGAACUUCCUUCUCCAGAGCUAUUUCUUGAUGCAGGAUCAGGUCAUAUGGGAGAUUCAAUUGUGCUGUUGUGUAUGCAUCCUUCAGAGGGUGUGGUGACAAGAUUUUUUUUUUGCAAAGAUAAAAUUCUUCUUUCAGUCCGAAAAGCAAUACUUUACCUGGGUAUAUAUAAACUCAAUGUUUCACAAGAUCUUCGUGGUCAAUAUUCAUGUGGGUACCAACAUAGGAAUGAGAUGAACCAGGAGACAACAUCUGCACUCAGUUCUGUGCGAAAUUUGACUGUCCUAUCAGGUUUAAUUUUUCAUCAGAAAUAAGAGAUCAAAAUUGGUGGAAGAAAUACUGAAGACAUGAAUCUGAAGAAAAACGUUAGCAAGAUUCCUUCAGCUCUAAUCAGCUGGAUCAAAGAUCAGUUAAAGAAAGAAAAUAAUCAGUUACAGGCAGAAAAUGAAUUCUUAGAUGUCCAUUUCUACAGAGUUGAUCUUACCUUGGACUUAAAAACAGCUCAUCCAAGAUUGGAAGUGUCUGAAGAUGGGAAAAGUGUGAGAGACACUGGAAAUAUUCAUCAUGUUUUGAUGAGUAAAGAGAGAUUUGAGUCUCAUACAUUUGUCUUGGCAAAACAAGGAUUUUCUAAAGGCAACUAUUACUGGGAAGUGGAGGUUAGCCAUAAAAAUGUGUGGGAUUUAGGUGUUGCAUCUGAAACUGCUCCUAGAAUAGGGAAGAUCACAUUGUCUCCUCAGAAUGGCUACUGGGUCAUAGGGUGUGAUUAUAGAAAAGAUUACUGGGCUCGGACAGAUCCCUGGACACGCUUGAAUAUGCCAUCUAAACCAACAAGAAUAGGGAUAUUCCUAAAUGUGAAAAGCCAUGAAAUUUCUUUUUAUGAUGCUAAGAGGAAACAUAAAUUAUAUACCUUUCUCCAUGUUGCUUCUGGGAAAUUUUAUCCCUUCUUCUCAACAGGCUCUGUAAAAGGAGAAGAAUUUGAUAAUGGGGAAUUGAUAAUCUCACCAUGGUUUUGAAGAAAAAUGAGAUAGUGGAAGAAAAGGAAAGAAAUAAUUAGGAUAGACUUUAGUGUGGUGUAGAUGUCUUUUUAAUGUCCUGAUUGAAAAUGAAAUGCACAAUGAUAGAGGUCUUUCCAGUGAAUACAACCUAGAACACAUUUUUCCUUGUGGGUAUUUAUAUUUAAAUUUUAACUCCAUACUUAUAUGUCUAAAAUAUAAUACACUUAGAGGUUUUAUAGCCUACAGUUAUCUUUGUUCCAUUAAUAUACCAGGUUUAAUUUAUGUAAUGCAAAGAUAUGUUUUGUUUUUACUUCAGUUAGCAGCAAUUAACUUUAGAGGAACUGUGAUGGCACAGUGGUUAGAUUGCAACAAUGCAGACUAAUUUUGCUGACUGCUUAUUGCCAACAGUUUGUCAGUUGGACUCUCACCAGCUCAAGGUUGACUCAACCUUCUAUCCUUCUGAGGUUGGUAAAAUGAGGACCCAGAUUGUUGGGGAUAAUAUGCUGAUUCUGUAAACCACUUAGAAAGGGAUGUAAAAGCACUAUGAAGUGGUAGAUAAGUCUAAGUGAUAUUGCUAUUAUUAUUAGAAGUAAAGUUUUGAUACUAAAACAUUCACUUACAAUAAACAAUAGAGCCAAAUAACUAUUUUAUUAAUGCAGACAAUGUACAACCUUUUUUCCACAGCUUUAAAAUGUUAACCAUGUAAUAUUUCUGAUGUAAUAUUAAACACUGGUUCUGAAAAAAAA